GACUAUGACGAACACGAUAAUUAUGACCACCCUGAAGGUAAUAUUCUUGACAUUGUCAAAGUUUUUUUUUCAGCUGGACUCGGGUCACUUGCUUUGAGUUUAACAUUUUUUGCUGCUCCGCUGCCUGGCUAUAUCUCUGAUCGUUUUGGCUUUCGCAUCACAAACUCCGUCGGAGCCAUGCUGUGCAUGACCGGCUUGGUGACGUCAUCAUUUGCUCAGAGCCUCACUCUCAAGUUCCUUACACACGGUCUGCUGAUGAGUUUAGGAAUAUCUUUUAUCUACAGUUCUUGCUAUCUUGUGAUAGCAAAAUACUUCGAAGAGAAGUUAUCCGUAGCAACUGGCAUUGUAGCUUUGGGAGCAGGUUUCGGUGUCUUUUUUACAGGCCCAUUGCUUCAAGCUCUUUUGGACUCGUAUGGCUGGAGAGGUACUUACAGAAUAAUGGUGGCAUCUUUUAUUGUUGUUUGUAUCCUGGGGCUGACUUAUAACCCGAACGUACAAGAAACAACAUUGGUCACUUCCUUUAACAAUGACCAGGACAAAGAAGACAAACUGAGUAGAAUUUCUCUUUACUGUAGCCUGUGGACAUUUCCUACUUUCGUCGCCGUGGUCACAUCUAUGCUGCUUACAGGAUUUGCGAUUUUCAUUCCAUUAAUUUUUCUGGUGAGUUUUUUUCAUUAAACAAAUAAAUAAAUAAAAAUGGGAACUAAAGAUUGCGGGCUAGAAUUGAAAAAGAAUAUUAAUUUACUAUUUUUGAUUGAUUAUUGUUGCCUAUAGGUGAAAUAUGCAGAGGAUCACGGAAUAACAGCACAAGCUGCAUCUCGCUUGUUUAUUUUCAUUGGCCUUGUUUCAUCGCUUGGAAGGGCAGUUGCAGGAAUUUUGUACAAGAACAAGAGAGUCAAUCCCAUAUUUAUACAUCAAGCCUCCUUGCUGACAUUGUCUCUUUGCGUAUUUUUGCUUCGGUUUGCUUCGAAUUACUGGUCUUUAGUCUUGUUCAGUAUUGUCUAUGGCUUAAGCGAUGGAGUUUUCAUAACAGGAUCUCUGUAUAUUCCAAUGAGCUGUGUGGACAGCAAAAGAAAAACAGCGGCUUUUUGUACUAGUUGCUUCUUUUAUUCACUAGGAGCAGUCAGCGGCAGUCCCAUCGCUGGUGAGUUAUGAUAUGAUACCCAUCAAUAAAUAAAUAAUGGAAAAGUAUAUAACAAUACCCCAAAUAAGGAAGUCCAAUAGCGUGAACAGUUACUCCUGGGGGCUCUCACGUGGCAAAAUGAUUGACUAAAAAAGGUUUCCUUUCCACAAACGUUAUAUGGAUAGUGUUAGCCUUUUUAUGGCUAGAUAACUAUUUUUUAUUUGUACAGAGACAUCGUAAAGCCACAAGUCUUAAUUUUGGUUUUUACAGCAACGUAUCAUCACCAUUCUUCUUUAUGUGAUCUUUCGUUAUUAACAGGUAUGAUAGUGGACCAUACAGGAAGCUACGUUCAUGCAUUCUACAUGAGUAGUGCUGUCGCCAUGGCCUCGUUCCUUCUUAUUCUAAUGAUUUUGAUUCCCAUCAAUCGAAAAAAAUCGAAAGUUCAUCCUCAGGAUAAGAUGGAAGAAGAUACGAAAAUGGACAAGGCGGGAUCAGAAGUGAUUGAAAAUCAGAAUAAAGACCGACUGAAAGAAUUCCCUUGUUAG